GUUAAUUUAAUUCAAUUGUCCAACGGAAAUUUAUUCAACUUUAAUUUUGCUAACAAUUAAUUUGAUGAACUAUUUAAUUUUGCUUCAUUAGCAAUUAUUAGACUAAUCAAAUUGUAAUUACCAUUGAUCCCAAUUGAAUCUCAUUGUGAUUAACUGAAGGCUCUCGCGACUCUCUCACUCAAAUUAACAAUUAACUGAUCAAAUUAACUUUUCAUUUGAUUGUAUCAACAUUAAAAUCAUAAAGUUGCUAAAUAAUAAAUUGUUAUCAGUUUUUUUUCAAUUAAUUGUGUCUAUUAAUCAACUUUAAUCAUGUUGAUCAUCUCAAAGUUAAUCAAUCGACACUCACAUCUAACAAUUAAGAUCUUAUCAACGAUAAUUAUGUUAAUUGCUCUUUCGGAUACUUUUCUAUUACCAAAAUUAACAACUCGAUUUUGUUACAAUUCACCAGAACCAAGUAGAGUCAGUAGUCAAUGUGUUUUAUGUAACUAUUUCCUCUUUGAUGCAACUGUAAUGGGCUGCACUGGAUCGACUGCUCUAAGUGUUAACAUAACUGCUACUCAGGCAUUUUGUUUAAUAUCACAAUGUUUAGGGCAAAUCAGACAAACUCCCAUGUUUCUUGGUAGGAAACGACGAUCAGUUAAUGGUGAUGAUGAUGAACAAUCAGAUGUCGAUCAAAUUGUUUCAUUGGCUUCAAAUUAUUUACCAUUAAUCAAUGAGAAAACUGAAUCAACUAAUGAUGAUCAAGUUCCUGAAAUAAUUGAAUACAAUUCUGAUGGUUUGAAGCAACAAUUUACAAUUAAAAACGAUGUUGAGGCGACAAUUAUUGAUCUAAUUGCUCUGGACGACAGUCAAACUUAAUUUAUUUCAUUCAAAUUCAAUUUUGAAUCCAGUUUAGCCCUGGAUAAAUUGUUAACUAUUUAUAUAAACUUCACUUAUUCACUUUUCGAUCAAUUAAUUUGUUAAUUACUAAAUUGUUAUAACCGACAAGAGUUAAUUUGUUUUUACUUUUUUGCUUCAAUUCUGUAUACUAAAUAAGAUGGAGUAUUAACUAAAUCAAGAGAAAAUCCAAUUGUAAUAUUAUUAUAUAAAAAUUUUCUAUC